AGCCCCAAUUAUGUCUAAUAUUCUCUGGUAUACGACCUCUUCGAACCAUCUACCUGUGUUCGGCAAUAUGUUGUGGCCGACCCCACAUCUCAUCGCUGUCUGAUCAUUGAUCCAAUCCCCGAGUCGGUGCCGCAAGGAGUAGCUGCAUUCGGAACGUCCGCCGCCGACGCGAUUCUAGACCUAGUCCGAAGUCAAAAUUACAAGGUCGACCACCUGCUAGCCACGUACGCAUCCGAUGGUGGACGAACCGCCAUCUGGUAUUUACGCAUGCGACUGCUUGAAAUUCAGGGUGUGGCUCCGCGAAUUUGCGGCACAGAGCUGGUUCCGCAGUACACAAGUCGGUUCGAAAAGAAGUACGGAACACGUCACGGCUUCUCGACAGCCUUUGUCGAAAAGCAUUCAGGAUGGAAUGACAAUAUGCGUGGGUUUACUGCAGGUGCGCGCCCUGCAUCUGCCUGGCCUCUCGCCUAAAACUUAUGGCUAUCUUGUCGGACCGAACCUGUUCAGAGCGCUGUCAAUUUGUUACGCAGCACAGUCUGCAAAACGCGGUGCUGGAAUUACGCCGGAAGGCCGUCAGCUUGCAUCUUCUCUUGGUAGUAUCUUGUCAUUGCCGCGGCACUUCAGAAUACUUCCAGACCAGGGCCAGCAAAUCCACGACUAGUGCUCUUGGUCCGCGUAUGAUGCCACUCGCGACCAAAUCUUGGCAUCUGGCACCGUUAUAGCUACCCUUGUCCGCGAGGAUGGACUUUGGAAAGCUAAGGGAGCC